AUGAGUCAAUUAACAAGGCAAGUUAUUGGCACACAGUCACAAAGUGAUAGUAAUCAACUACGAAGAUCUCAGAAUAUUAGUGGUCCACAAAAUGUUAACCAACUACGAAGAUCACAGAAUAUUAGUGGUUCACAAAAUGUUAACCAACUUCAAAGAACCUCGAAUAUCAGAAGACAAUCUUUAAGACCUCCGAACACUGUUGCUGUUCAACAUUAUGCUGACCUAAUUGGUGGCAUAAAUCCAAAUUUAUUCGAUAGAACGCAGGAAGCAGAAAAUUCACCGCCACAGAGUGCUCAAGUUUCAUUGAUGUUGAUUUCAGGAUUUUCGUUCCAAUAA